GUUGAAAUGGGUUCAAAUCAUCCCAUACCCCUUCUGUCUGACUGUAAUGGUUCUGACUGGUUGAUGAUAGUUGGAGUGGGGAGAACGUAGGCUAUAAUUACUGAUCACAACGAUGUCGACUUCUAGUAUCUUACUUUCAUAUAAAAAGACGUCCAAGCAACGGUAAUUACUUGGUAUAAUACUUAUAAUCUACCAACACUUCUUCUUUACACAAAAAGCCGUCUAUAAUACACUCUUGCUCAUUAAAAGACAGAACAUUACACUCCCCCAUCAUCACCCUCGACCUUCUUACCUACCAACCCCAAAUGUCCCCCCUAAACGUCCUAAUAGCAGGCUCCUCAAUCGCCGGCCCCGCAACAGCCUACUGGCUAUCCAAAACCAACUGCACCCUAACCAUCAUCGAGCGCUGGCCCUCCCCACGCCCAGGCGGCCAAGCAAUCGACAUCCGCACCGCCGGCGUCUCCGUAAUGCGCAAAAUACCCGGCAUGGAAGCAGCCGUGCUCGCCAAAUCCGCGCAAGAAGAAGGCGUGUGUUUUGUGCGCGCUGACGGCCGCCCCUACGGGACGAUCCGCGCAACGGGCAAUCCGGAGCAGCAGGGGCUUAUCUCUGAGUAUGAGAUCUUGCGGGGGGAUUUGGCGGGGGUGCUUGUUGGGUUUACGAAGGGGGAGGAGAGGGUGAGGUAUGUGUACGGGGAGACGAUUGCGGCGAUGCGGUAUGACGAAGUGAAUGGGCCCGUGACAGUGGAGUUUUCAAACGGAAUGCCGACUUCGACGUAUGAUCUUGUUAUUGCGUGUGAUGGGGCGAUGUCGCGGACGCGGGCUAUGGGGUUUGAGUGUGGGGUGCGGGACCAUGUUGUGCGGACGAAUAGCUGGGCCGCGUAUUUCUCCAUUACACAAGAUCUUCUGCAGGGGAGCCGCGUGGGGCAGGGGUUCAGCGCGGUGGGAGGCCGGUUUAUCAGUGUUGGGUCGGAUGCAGGCGGGGGCAGUCGAGUCAUGUUGAUGGGUGUUCACCCUGGAGAUAAACGCGACACGAUGCUGGGGUUCCGCGAGGCGUCUACGCAGGGCGAGGAUGCGCUGAAGAAGUAUCUAGCCCGGCUGUACCGGGGCGUGGGCUGGAAGACCGACGAAGUGAUGCGGAUGAUGAUGGACUCGGAGGACUUUUACGCCAGCGAGAUCGUUCAGGUCAAGAUGCCCAGUCUGCACAAUGGACGCGUGGUUCUGGUCGGCGAUGCGGGCUAUGCGGCUGGGCUCACGGGCGGCGGUACGAGUCUCGCGUUGGCCGGCGCGUACAUGUUGGCGGGCGAGAUUGGGAAACACAAGGGUGAUCUUGCGGCGGGUCUGGAGGGGUAUGAGGAGCAGAUGAGGCCGCUGAUCAAGGAGAUGCAGAAGAUCCCACCGCUGGUUAUGUUGCUCCUUGCGCCACAGACUGCUUGGGGGAUAUGGUUGCGGAACCAUAUUUUCGCUUUCAUCGCGUGGACGGGCAUUGCUGAGAUUGCUCAGAAGUACCUCGGUGGCGCUUUUGCUAAUACCGAGUCUUUUCCACUGCCGGAGUACGAAUGGGUUGCUUGAGGAUUGUACCUAUAUAUUAGAUGGUACAUUUAGUCUCUAAACUCCACUACACUCAGGAACACAAUCUUGAACUUGAA